CAUACAAAUUCAAUACAAUUGACAAUUCUCUCCCGCCAUGACCACACUCCCUAUCCUCUUCCCUUCACUUUCUCCUUCAAACUCCAUAACCAGUCGCUCUCCAUCUCCAUUUCUUCACAUACAAACUCUACGAUUCUGCUCCGUCAAGUCAAUCCAGAAGAAUACGUUCACUUCUACAUCUAGAAUCUUCUACAAGUUUCCGAGCUCAAUUUUUCCGGCGGAGUCGCAAGAUGAAGAUGAAGAAGAUGACGAAGAUGAUGAUGAUGAUGAUGAAGAAGCAGCGGAAGAGUACGAUGAGGUUUAUGCGGAGGUUUCGGAUGGAGACGAAGAUAGCGAAGAUGAACUGGAAAGUUCCGUUAGUGAUGAGAUGUUGAAUAUUGAGGAAUCGAGAAGGCAGAGAGUGGAGAAGCUGAGGAAUGAAGUUAGAGAGUUUGGUGAUGGAAUUAUUGAUGUGAAUGAACUUGCUUCUAUUUACUCUUUUCGAAUUGACAAAUUUCAGAGAUUGUCGAUUCAAGCUUUUUUGAGAGGUUCAUCUGUUGUGGUGUCUGCGCCUACAAGUAGCGGCAAAACUUUGAUUGCUGAAGCUGCUGCAGUUGCUACAGUAGCUAGAGGAAGGAGACUAUUCUACACUACUCCUCUAAAGGCUUUAUCUAAUCAGAAAUUUCGAGAAUUUUGUGAGACAUUUGGUGAAAGUAAUGUGGGGCUUCUCACUGGAGAUUCAGCUGUUAAUAGAGAUGCUCAGAUUUUAAUUAUGACAACUGAGAUUUUGCGCAAUAUGCUAUACCAGAGCGUAGGGAUUGCUUCCUCAGAUGGUGGUCUUCUUCAUGUUGAUGUAAUUGUUUUGGAUGAGGUUCACUAUUUAAGUGACAUAUCACGGGGUACUGUUUGGGAAGAAAUAGUUAUUUAUUGCCCAAAGGAAGUUCAACUUAUAUGUCUUUCAGCAACUGUUGCUAAUCCAGAUGAGUUGGCUGGAUGGAUUGGUCAGAUUCAUGGUAGGACGGAGUUGGUAACAUCAAGCAAGCGUCCAGUUCCAUUGACUUGGCACUUCUCCACAAAGACAGCUCUAUUACCUCUUCUUGAUGACAAAGGAACAAGCAUGAAUAGAAAACUGUCACUCAACUACUUACAGUAUGAUGAAUCCGGCAGUGAACUAUACAGGGAGGAGGGAUCUAAAAGAAGAAAAUCAAGAAGACGUGAAAAUGAUGUUCGUCCCCUUUCAAAGAAUGAUAUAAGUAAUAUUCGACGCUCACAGGUACCUCAAAUUAUAGACACACUGUGGCAUCUAAAGGCAAGGGAUAUGCUUCCAGCAGUUUGGUUCAUCUUUAGCAGGAAAGGAUGUGAUGCAGCUGUCCAAUAUCUUGAAGACUGCAGGUUACUGGAUGAGUGUGAAAUGAGUGAAGUUGAACUGGCACUCAAGAGGUUCCGUAUUCAAUACCCUGAUGCUGUGCGUGUGUCUGCAGUGAAAGGCCUCCGCCGAGGAGUGGCUGCACAUCAUGCUGGCUGUCUCCCCCUUUGGAAAUCAUUCAUUGAAGAGUUAUUUCAGCGAGGUCUAGUUAAGGUUGUCUUUGCUACUGAAACACUUGCUGCUGGCAUCAAUAUGCCUGCUAGAACAGCUGUCAUUUCCUCUCUCAGCAAAAGGGGCGAUAUUGGACGAAUCCAGUUAAGCUCUAAUGAAUUAUUCCAAAUGGCUGGGCGUGCUGGUCGUAGAGGUAUUGAUGAAAAGGGUCACGUGGUUCUUGUUCAGACUCCUUAUGAAGGGCCUGAGGAGUGCUGCAAAGUUCUUUUUUCUGGGCUUCAACCUCUUGUUUCACAAUUUACCGCCUCGUAUGGAAUGGUGCUUAAUCUCGUAGCGGGGGCCAAAGUCACCCGUAGAUCAACUGGGUUAGAUGAGAUAAAAGUCACACGAUCAGGACGGACUUUGGAAGAAGCAAGGAAGUUAAUUGAACAGAGUUUUGGUAAUUAUGUUGGAAGCAAUGUCAUGCUUGCCGCAAAAGAGGAGCUUGCUAGAAUAGAAAAGGAAAUAGAGACACUUACUUCAGAAAUCAGUGAGGAAGCGAUUGCUAAAAAGAGCCAGAAGCUCUUAACGCAGUCAGCAUAUCAGGAGAUUGCUGAACUCGAGGAAGAAUUAAGAGCUGAAAAGCGUCUCCGAACUGAACUCCGAAGAAAAAUGGAGCUGGAAAGAGUUUCCUCGUUGAAACCUUUGUUAAAGGAGAUAGGAGAUGGACACCUUCCAUUCAUGUCUUUGCACUACACCAACGGUGACGGGGUACAACAUUUAGUUGCUGCUGUUUAUCUGGGGAAGGUUGAUACUUUGAAUACUGAAAAGCUUAAAAGUAUGGUGUGGGACAAUGAGGCCUUCGCAUUAAAGACUGCAGUGGAAAAUUUUGAACUUGGUGAUAAUGGAGGUGAAGAUGUUAAACCGUCUUAUCAUGUUGCUCUUGGUUCAGAUAACUCUUGGUAUCUUUUCACAGAGAAGUGGAUUAGAACGGUUUACAGAACAGGCUUUCCAAAUGCCGCCUUAACUCUUGCUGACGCUUUGCCUCGUGAAAUUAUGGCCGAGCUUCUUGAUAAGGCAGAGAUGCAGUGGCAGAAGUUAGCUGUGUCUGAACUUGGAGGUCUAUGGUGUAUGGAAGGUUCUUUGGAGACAUGGUCUUGGAGUUUAAAUGUUCCAGUCUUGAGUAGUCUAUCUGAAGAUGAUGAGGUCUUGCGAUUAUCUCAAGCAUACAAUGAUGCAGUAGAAUGCUACAAGAGCCAAAGGAAUAAGGUCUCUCGUUGCAAAAAAAGGAUAGCUCGUACAGAGGGCUUUAAACAGUAUCAGAAGAUAAUUGACUCAGCUAAGUUCACUGAGGAAAAGAUACGCCGGUUGAAUGUUAGGUCGAAGCGUUUGAUUGAUCGUGUAGAGCAGAUUGAGCCAACUGGUUGGAAGGAAUUUCUGCAGGUCAGCAAUGUUAUACAUGAAAGUAGAGCAUUGGAUAUCAAUACACACGUCAUUUUCCCCCUUGGUGAAACUGCAGCUGCAAUUCGAGGAGAAAAUGAACUUUGGCUUGCGAUGGUUCUUCGAAAUAAAUUGUUGCUGAACCUAAAACCUGCACAGCUUGCUGCAGUUCUUGGUAGUCUAGUUUCUGAAGGCAUUAGGCUUCGGCCCUGGAAAAAUAACAGUUUUGUUUAUGAGCCCUCUACCACUGUCUUGAAUAUCAUAGACUUACUGGAAGAACAAAAAAGCUCACUUCUAGAGCUUCAGGAAAAGCAUGGAGUAAAUAUUCCUUGCUGCUUGGAUAGCCAAUUUACUGGCAUGGUUGAAGCCUGGGCUUCUGGUCUUACAUGGAAAGAGAUUAUGAUGGACUGUGCAAUGGAUGAAGGAGAUUUAGCUCGCCUUCUACGGAGAACGAUUGAUUUGUUAGCUCAGGUUCCCAAAUUGCCUGAUAUAGAUCCACUGCUGCAAAUCAAUGCCAAGAGUGCCUCUAACGUAAUGGACCGGCCACCAAUAAGUGAAUUAGCAGGAUGAUAUUCAAACAAAAAUUCAUCAUCGUCUCCUUAAGAAGUCAAUCUCAAAGGCAGGUAACAAUAGCCACUGUACCUUGAGAAAAAUACGACUUGAUCAAUUAGUUUCUGUCGACGAGGCUUCAAGUUAGUGAAUUUCUCAGUUGUCACCAGCAUAUCGAUUGAUGGUUCAUCCAUGAUCUUCAUGAUUCACACAGCUUAAAGUUCUUAUCAACUCCCAACUCUUUACCCUUGCAAAGUAGACUCAUAUUUUCGUCUUCUUUCGGUGAUACUGAUUUAUCUCACUGUCCUGAAUUUUACUGGUCUAGAACCAUUUUCAGAACGGGUCUGAAUUUAACUGAGCCAAGCUCUGCUGUUGCUAUAAAGAGAUUGCUUAGAGUAAGCAGAGUAGCAAGAUUUGCUACUCUAGCGACAGCAUCUCGAUAGAAAAUCAGUAUUUUCCUAUCAGAAGUAUUAGCUGUAUACAUCUCUAGUUAGGAGUAUCGACACUUGGUAGAAUGACCGCGAUGCGGAAAUGAAGUAUAAAUUCAAUGUAAAAGAGAAUGAUUUUCUCGGUAGAAAUAGAAACACAUGGCACAGGAAUGAAGAAUCCUACAUUUGAUGCAGAGGAGGCUAUGCCCCUAAAUUACACCAAGAAGCAAAAUGGAUUUGUAGAUUAAUCAGGAUUUUAGCCAAAAUGUAUAUCAUUGUGUUCAUGGUACGGUUUUUUGAAGUUAUUUUUGACCAAUUCUAUAUAAAGUUUUACACUUGAAUUCACCCCA